UUUUCAAUUUAGAUGUCUCUGUCAUACAACAAUGAAAAGUAUUUUUUUUUUGACAGUGUUUGACAGUUUUGUUUGUAAAAAUUAUAGUUUACUGAACAAAAAAAAAUAAUUAAAAUAAUUAAAAUGAUAAUGACAAAAGUUAUUGUUUUAUUUGAAGGUUAUGCAAAAGAAUUAGAUGAUGGAAAAAUGAAUGCCAAUUGUUCUUGUACAUUGAUAAAAGGAGAAAAGCUUAUUAUUGUUGACACAAUGACAGCAUGGGAUAAGGAUAAAAUAAUCAAUGGAUUAUCAGAAAAUGGUUUGAUACCAGAUGAUAUUAAUAUUGUCAUUUGCACACAUGGUCAUGCUGAUCAUAUUGGAAAUAACAAUUUAUUUACUAAUGCUGAAUUCCACAUGAUUGGCACAUGUAUUUACAAAGGCACUAUUUUUUCUGAAUUAAAAGAUGGCAAAAAUUCACCUGACAAUAAAGAAGUAUCUAUUUUUGGCAAAGAUGUUGAGGUCAUUGCAACACCAGGUCAUACCCAUGAUGAUGUAUCAAUAAUUGUAAAAACAAAAAUUGAUGGAACAAAUGUUAAAGUUGGAAUUGUUGGUGAUUUAUUUGAAAGAGAAGAAGACAUUGAAGAUAUGAGUAUAUGGAAAAGUUUAGGAAUGAGUAAUCUAUAUGAAAAACAAAUUGAAAAUAGGCUGAAAAUUAUAAAUUGUGUUGAUUAUAUUAUCCCAGGUCAUGGACCCAUGUUUAAGCUAACAGAAAAUAUGAAAAAAAAAGUAUUAGCAGAUUCACAAUUUCAGGUUGACUAAUCAAUUUAUUUAUUAUAAAUUAUUUUUAUAUUAUUGUAAUUACAUAAUUUGAUACAUGGCAUUUUUUAUACAUCAACAAUUAUAUAAAUAA